AUGGCCGAGAUCGAAGAUGCAAGUGCCAAUCCGGUGAAUGAGCCGCUCGACCUGGUGCGCCUUUCACUCAACGAAGUCGUCUUCGUCAAGCUCAGAGGAGACCGCGAACUUCAAGGUCGAUUACAUGCAUACGACAGUCACUGCAAUCUAGUACUAGGCGAUGUGACUGAGACGGUAUACGUGGUGGACGAGGAAGACGAGGACAAUGUGCGCACGGUCAAGAAGCAGUCGGAGAUGCUGUUUGUAAGAGGAGACUCCGUCGUCCUCAUAUCGCCACAGCAAUAG